AAAGAAAAGGCUUGCUGUGACGAUCUUUUGUUUACCUUUUAUACCUGUCGCUUGGCGCUCUACUCGUAAAAUAUGCCAGUUUGUACACAGUAGAAGUUCUGGCAGAGAAGCUUCGCGGCUCAAAUUUCUACUGAAACGUUUGCGAGUCACGUGCUGCGUACUAUGUCAUUCAAGACCGUGACAUGCUCUCAUGAUUAUCGAUAGUAGACUCUUUGAAGAAGCUUACAUCAUAUCUUCCGGGCUAUCAGUUUCAUUACCGGACUUCUGGAGAUGUUUUGACAGGAAGCUGAAAACUAUGGAUACGUGUUUUAUUUAAAGGCGAUUCUUGUGCUGCUGUUGUCUUGAAAACACUGCGAACAUAUAAGCUUAUCUGCAUUCAGGUUUUCAAGAUCUGAAGAAGUGGAAGAUUUUUGAAAAAACGAAAAACGGUUUAACAGGAGCCUUUGAAGCGUUUUCAUCAGUUGACGAUUGAAUAGAGUUUAUUGGUAACUUUUAUAGCAGGAUAUAAGCUUAAAUCACACGCAGUGGAUAUUUCGUGAUGAAAAUUGUGAGAGGGGUUUGAACAAGAUGCUGAUUACGUGUAGAAUCGAAAGAAAGUUCUUUACAUAGAAAAACAAGUUACAAGUUAAAGUCACUGCAAUGUCAACCCCAAAGACAUCCUUUGCCAGUCAUUAUUUACUGGAAUCAGAACUUUCACCAAAAGUCAAUAUCGCCAUGUCAACAGAAGAACUUCCUGGGAAUGGCAAUUAUUAUGAUGAGUCUUCAGAGGAGGAGGAUGAAAUUGAUUCAACUGAUGUGAAGGAUUUUGAUUCAGCUUUGUUUGAUGUACUGAAGGUUCAACCUGAAGAAUUUGCUCAACAGCUCACUAUUUUGGAUCUGUCUGUGUUUAAGUCAAUCAGUCCAGAUGAGUUAUCAGGCUGUGGCUGGACAAAGAAACAAAAGCUAGAUCUUGCACCAAAUGUAGUGGCACUUACAAGGAGAUUUAACCAUGUGAGCUUUUGGGUAGUCAGAGAAAUCCUCAAUGCCAACAGAACAAAGACAAGAGCAGCAGUUUUAACUCACUUUAUUAAGAUAGCUAAGAAACUUUUGGAGUUAAACAGUCUUCACUCUCUGAAGGCAGUGAUAUCUGGGCUUCAGAGUGCACCUAUCUAUAGACUGGACAAGACUUGGGCACAAAUUCAGCGCAGAGAUCGUGCCCAGUUUGACAGGUUGGCAGAACUUCUUUCAGAGGAAGAGAACAGGAAACAACUGAGGGAUUACUUGAGUUCUGUCAAACUGCCCUGUAUUCCAUACUUAGGUAAGAAUAUAUACAUGUACAGUGUAUCAUGUCCGUGUUUGAUAAUAAUAGUCUGAAUAUUUAUACCUACGUGUAAUUGUACCUCUUUGGUAGGCUUCAGCAGCAUAGUAGUUGAGAUUGGUCGACCAUUGGCUUGUAUUUUGACA